GAAAAUCAUUUCUAAUAUUAGAACAAGCGGCCAUACUUUAUCUAUACACUUCCCAUUUGUUGUUAUCGUUAUUUUUUUUUUUCUCCGAACUGAUAGCUAUAUUGACUAAAUCUAGUCAACACACACUUUCUAUAUUUCGUAACUGCGUAUCAUCGUAUAAUGGGGAUUUGGUUUUGUGUUGAUGUUUUUCUGUAUAGUUCUCGUUGAGAAAAAAUAAAAAGAAAAAAAAAGUCUGGAGCUUGAGGCACUAUUACGAAAUUUCUUUCGCACUCUUCUACUUUAUUGGUUGAAAAAAGAUAAAUUUAUAUCACUAUUAUUAAAUUUUGGGUACAAAAGUCGGGGUUAUUUAAAAUUGAAUUCAUUCUAACAAAUACUCAACUCCGUUACCAGUUGGCAUAGGAUUAUUAUUUCAAUUUCAAUUAUAGAUUAAAACCAUUUUAAAUAAAAUUACCAUCUAGCAUCAGUUAAAAUGGAUUCAAAAUUUGGAUCAUCGAUCAUUCGAUCGAUAUACCUAAUUAUUUGUUCGACAUUAUUGAUUGCUAACGUUAAAUCGGUAUCAAAUCCAGUGACACAAGUGAAAGGUGUUGAUAUAAUUAAUGAAUUUACCACACUAGUAAACGGUAUGCAAGAUCUUAUUGAUUUAAUAAAAAAUGACGAUAGCGAUGAAGUAUUUAAAAAAAAAGUGACAGAUAAACUGGACGAUAUCUACAAUGUGAGUUUGAAAAUAGAAAAAGUGGAGUACAAAGUUACAAAUAGGACUCGGUUUGUAAUGAAUGCAAACCCUACUCCUCCGAUGGAAUUUUCUUUGUUGAAGGAUAUGAGAUACUUGUCAAAAAUCGAUAACAAAUUGAGUGAAAUUGAGUUUUUCUAUGAACCUCUUUUGGAUGAUUAUGAUUACAUAAAAAAUGAUCCUCAUGGAUCUAUCGAAGAAUAUACUACCUCAAUCACUAAUACCGACGACAUCAAAAAGAGACUAGCGGAUAUUGUAGCAGUUACUAAGUUGACUUCUACGGUUGCUACAAAAAAUAUUUUCGAAAUAAAUCUUGCCUAUUUGAAAAACAAGAAAAAUUAUCAUUAUGAUUGUAAUGAUAUUUCUGCUUACGAUAGACUAUACAAUUUUUAUAAAUAUGUAGCAGAAACAGUCACCAAAGGUUACACAACGAUUAUAAUGUCUUAUCAGUAUCGUAAGCUACACUCGGGUGAUCCAAACUUCCAUAGAAAUAAACAAAUUUUAUAUCUCAACUCGUGUAAGGAAGCUAUAAUUGAAAUGACUAAAUCGGGACAGCAUUAUUUGAAUUUAAUUAACGACAUAAAUUUCAAAUCAUCGAUUUCUUGUGAUCCCCAAUCCUGGAAAGAAGGAGAGAAUUAUAUUCGUAUCAAAAAUUAUGUAUCGGUUAGAACGUUUACCACUCCUCAUUAUGGUUUCAUAAACUCAGAACCUGAUAGUAGAGGAAUAGAAUACGAGUGUCCAAAUUUUGCAGAAUAUGCAGAUUCCGCUGUUCAAGAACUCAUCGCGACUAAACAUUGUACAAGUCCUUUCUUUCCAAGCACCCAAUAUUCAUCAUUUUCAGAAUUCACAGACUAUGCAACACGAAUUAUGGAAAGAAAAUGUGCGUUAGGUUUUGACCCGAUAUUAAAUGAUCAUUGUUUUUAUGAUCGCAACUCGGAUCCUGUCCUGAGUGUUCGUAAAUUGAGUUUAUUAUUGCAAACGUGCAAAACUGAUGUAAAAGAAGUCGUGACAAAUGUGCGAUUCCAUGUUCAAGAAGGUAUAAUUAAUAUUGAAGUUCAAUGUGGAACGUUUGUCAAUGGUAAAGUUGAUCCUGAUACUCUAAGAUGGAAUACAGAUGAUAGACGUUACACAAGAGAAAAUCAUCCAAGCUAUGUUGUGCUUUCUGCGUUAUUGAAAUCAUUCAAUCUGGACGAUAUUGAAUUACCUGACGGAGAAUUCGUGACGGGAAUGAAAUUCGAAAAAUUGAAUGAUACCCGUUUGUCGUUGGUUCUUCAGGGAACUGAAAUGUAUGAUUCCAAUAAUCAAAUUAUCAGUGGUCAAACUAGCUUGCAUUCUCCACAAAAUACCGAAAAUUCGAGAGAGAAAAUAGAUUUAUUCCUACUCACAACACCUUUGGAAAUAAAAAAUCAAACUUACGAAAUGAGUCAAUCGGGAAGACAUUACAUCGAAUUGACAGAAUCCAGAGAAUCAUAUACAUAUCAAAGUAUUGCGAUAGUGCCAUUUUUGGACAUGCAACCGGUUAGAUUAUGGCGUUCAGCACCACUAGGCGGACUUGGAUUAUUUUACAAGAGUCAACCUGGUUAUGCCGGAUUUUUGGCUUUCAAACUCAUUUCCCCAAAGUAUAUGCACUUUAUCAGUGAAAAUUAUGCUGAAAAAUUGGCUUACACAUCACCGGCUUAAUUAUAAAAUAUUAAGAUUUUUUCACAUGUAGUUGAUUUUAAUUAAAACUAUAACAUAAUAUACAUACGUUUAUAGGUUACACUAUGUUAAAUUGACAACUUUUUUUUCGAACAUUUAAAAUUUUUUUAUUAACUUUAGGGUGUGUUGAAAAAAGUCUUAAUGUAAUUUUUUAGCUCCUUAUCUAUCUCUUUUCACUCUCAAGUUAUCGAUUUUCAAAAAAUAUCGAAUGAUAAAUUCGAUAGCAUGUAUAUUAGGGUGUACCAGAAGAAUCGGCUAUUUUUUUAACUCGCUACAGGGUAAAAUUGGUUGUUAGACCCCUCUGGAAUACUCUUACUGAAAAUGAGCUCUUAAUUUGAAUAAUAAGGUCCUCCGCAUUACAGUUUUUGAUUUUUUCAUCAGUCUAUUAGAAAAAAAUUCAUACUUCACUUAUUAAUUGAUCGUACAGCAAAACAUUGUACACCUUUUUGAGGGAAAUUGAACGUUUUAUAAAAAAUGUCUAUCGAUUGACCUUGCGGGCCAGCUCUGAAACUCCCCGCUAAUUUCGAGCUCCUUGAGCUCAAGGAGCUCGAAAACAUUGUUGUGAAUACAUUUACGAGCUCUUAGAGCAUUUUAUUACGAAUUUUUCCGGAAUUGAUGAAUAAUUGACUCUAAGCGAUAAUUUAUGAACAAUUUUUUUUUUCAAUAUAGCCAAACAUACGUCUGAAAAAGAAACUUGAAAUAUAGUUUGAAGUAUUUCUCUGUUGGUAAAUAAUUGAAGUGUAGCGGACAAGGUCAAUCGUUCUCAAAAUUUAUUUUUAAUUGUUUUUUUAAGUAUUAUAUCAAAGUUAAACCUUGGUAUAAUAAUGUUUUUUUUGUUUUGUUCGUUUUCUUCACCAACGUUCGUAUAACUACUAAUUAAAUAAUAAUAAACUAUCUUUGUUAAUUUAUCUAAUCUAUAUAUGGGGCAUUCCAUGCCAAAUCACCGAGGUUUCGGCCCGACCCCCUUCGAUUUCGCUGAAAAUUUUUUAUCAUUUUCUACCCUACCAAAGACAUUUUCCUGAAUUUUUUCAGAUUUUUUUACCCAACCCAAAAAAAGUUACGAAUUUUUGAAAAAAAACGCUCUUUUUUUUUCAAAUUGCUGUAACUUUGACACAAAUUGACAUUUUGGCACUUUUUUUUUUUUGAAAAAUUUUGUUUUUAAUUGUAGUUUUCAGAAAAAAAUACAAAAAAUUUUUCGGAAGUCACGAUAUAUAAAAUAUUUCAGUUUUUUCAAUAAAACCGUAAUUUUUUCGAAGUCGGAAACCUUCGAUUCUCAAUUUUUUUGUCUCAAAAAAAACUUCAACCAAGACAGUAUUGGACCCCGCCAUUCCCAUUUUGUGCCGACUUUCCUUUACAUUUUUUUUUUUCGAUUGAAAGUAAAAAAAUUUCUAAAUUUGGCUUAUUUUUUAUGACUUUGCGCUGAAGUUUCUUUGGAUUGUUUUUAAAAGCUCAGAAGUUGAAUAAAAUUGGACAAUAACAACCGUAAAGUGUAUUAGGGGCAAGAAUUGAUUUUUUCGGAAGAAAAUUCCCAAUUUUGAAAUACAGUGAAACCUAAACCU